AUUUUUUUUCGUUAAUAUCCUAGGGAAAAAUGUGUGUAAUCGAUGACGUAUUACAUCAUAGGAUAGUUAAAAUUUUGCCGCGAUUUUAACUUCGUGCGCACAGAAGAGAAGUAUUAGCGUCGUUAGAAUCGGAUUGAGUAAUUCGCAAGAAAUUUCAUAGAAAAAUUUCAAAGACUUUAUUUAAUCGAAUAUAAAAAAUGUCGAAAGUGAAUACAUUGUAUAAUUAUUUUACAUCGCCAAAGACUGUUAAACAAAGAGAUAGUAAAGUUAUGAAUAAUGUAAAGCCAGAAACUCCAAAGAGUGGGCAAAAGAAGAAAGGACAGAGAAAAACAGAAGAAAAGGAAAAUCAUCAAACUGAUAUACGCAAAAGAGUUUGGAAAGAUGAUGAAUCUAAUGGAAAUGAAGAAAGUAUGCCAGUACAAUCUAAACGACGUCGAAUCAUUAUAGCUGAAGAUAGCGAAGAUUCUGGGGAUAGCUUUAAACCUGAUUCAGCAGAUGAAGAUAGCGAAUCUGAAUCAUUUUCUGAAAAUGUUCCAGAAAGUGAAAUAGAAACACAAGAUGAAGAAAGUCCUGAAAAGAAACCAAAGAAAUCUGUAAUUGCGAAACGUUCACGUAAAGGAAAAGUAGUUCAGAAACCGUCAGGAAAGAAGGAAAUAAAAUCAGUUUCACCACCUCAAUUAAUGGAACAAUCAACAAGCGCAUCUGUUACUACAGUAGAUUCAUGGCCUCAUUUAAAAUACGACUUUCUUCAACCUAAUAAAAGGAGAGAUAUUAAUAGAAAACCGCCAGCUGAUCCAAAUUAUGAUUCUAAGACUGUUUAUGUACCUUUGGAUUUCCUUAACAAUCAAACACCUGCCAUGAGACAGUGGUGGGAAAUCAAGAGCAAACACUUUGAUUGUGUUCUCUUUUUCAAAGUUGGAAAGUUUUAUGAAUUAUAUCACAUGGAUGCAGUUACUGGAGUUAACGAGCUUAAUCUCACAUAUAUGCGUGGCGAAUUUGCACAUUCUGGUUUUCCAGAAAUUGGAUAUGGACGCUUUUCAACGAGUCUCAUCGAAAGAGGAUAUAAAAUCGCACGUAUUGAACAAACUGAAACGCCAGAUAUGAUGACACAACGUUGCAGUAAAAUGUCCAAAGUAACAAAAUUCGACAAGGUUGUAAAACGAGAAAUUUGUCAAAUAAGUACAAAGGGUACUAGAGUUUAUUCUCCUCUGGAUGUUGAAGCAUCUACACCUAAUUCUAAUUAUUUGCUCUCUCUGGUUCAAAAAUGUAAAUCAAGAGCAAACAGCAUGUUUGGAGUAUGCUUUAUAGAUACUUCAAUAGGUGACUUUUAUCUUGGGCAAUUCGAGGAUGAUUGUUAUAAUUCGAGAUUAUUGACCUUAUUUGCACAUUAUCCACCAGUCCAUAUUGUUUAUGAACGUGGAAAUUUAUCGCCAGCUAUGUUGCAACUUUUAAAUAAUUCAUUGGCAACCUGCUACAAAGAAUCUUUACAACGUGAAGCGCAAUUUUGGAACGCAGCGAAUACGUUGAAACAUCUUCACGAAGGAGAAUAUUUUAAAAAGGAGAAAGAUUCUAAUUUUUCUUGGCCUGAAGGUUUGCAACCUUAUUUAAGCGAAGGAGACAGUCUAGGUUUAACACCUGCUGAAGAUAAAGAAUUAGCAGUACAUGCUCUUGGAGGAUGUAUAUAUUUACUUAAAGAGUACUUGCUUGAUCAACAAUUAUUGGCGCAGUCUCAAUUUAAAACAUACGUACCAGCUGAUUUUUUAAGCGAAAAUGCACGUACAGAAACGAAACUUAUGAACAAUAUGGUGUUGGAUGCUAUCACGAUCAACAAUUUACGAAUUUUUGGAGAAGGUUCCCUUAUGAAAACAUUGGAUCAUUGUUGUACAGCAUUUGGUAAAAGAUUACUACGAGAAUGGGUGUGCAGACCAUCUUGUCGUAAAAACGUUAUAAAAGAGCGUCAAAAGGCUAUACAAGAGUUAAUGGAUAGAACGGAUGUAGUACAGUCUGUUCGAUCUAUGUUGUCAGGCCUUCCUGACUUAGAAAGAUUAUUGAGCAAAAUACAUGCUCUAGGAAAUGCAGCGAGAUUGUGGAAUCAUCCUGAUGGGAGAGCAAUUAUGUUUGAAGGUCAAAUAUACUCAAAAAGAAAAAUCGUGGACUUUACCACAACUUUGGAUGGAUUUGAAAAAGUAUUGGAGAUUAUUGAUUUGUUUUCUAACUUCAAUACUAAUUUGAUAAAUCAAUGUACCAAAUUUGAACCAGACGGAGAAUUUCCCAAUUUAAGAGAAACACUCGAUUAUUUUAAAACAGCAUUCGAUCACGAGGAAGCAAAGAAGCAGGGAUGUAUUGUUCCUAAAAAGGGAGUGGACGAGGAAUAUGAUUCGGUAUUAUCUCAAUUGGAAGAAAUUAAACAUGAUUUAGAUGCUUAUUUAGAAAAACAAAGAAAACAUUUUGGUGUUAAAGUAACAUUUUUUGGACAAGACAGAAAAAGAUUUCAGCUUGAAAUACCUGAUUCGCAAGUAAAAAAAGUAGGACCAGGAUUUGAACUUCAGUCACAACGUAAAGGCUUCAAGCGCUAUUAUACCGCAGAAGCAAAAGAAUUUUUGGCAAGACAAAUAAAUGCUGAAGAAAGUAGGGACAAAGUUUUGAAGGAUCUAAACAGACGAAUAUUCGCAAAAUUUAGCGAGAAAUAUGAUAUGUGGCAUAUGGCUGUUUAUAAAAUAGCUAUUUUAGAUGUCCUCAUAUCCCUUACUGAAUAUGCUCACAGUGGAGAUAUGUGCAUUUCAGAAAUUCAUGACGCGAACGAAGAGGGAGUUUUUAUCGACAUCAAAGACGGAAAGCAUCCAUGUAUAUUAUCCGAGAACUUUAUUCCCAAUGAUACUUUAAUUGCGAAAGACCAAUCUUCUUCAGUAAUUAUCUUAACUGGUCCAAACAUGGGGGGAAAAUCAACUCUAAUGCGUCAAAUAGGCUUGUUAACGAUUAUGGCACAAAUAGGUUGUCACGUACCAGCAAGUUCAUGUCAUUUAACAUUAGUUGAUCGUAUCUUUACAAGAUUAGGGGCAAACGAUGAUAUUCUAGCUGGUCAGAGUACAUUCCUAGUAGAAUUAUCAGAAACUGCUGCGAUAUUAAAACAUGCUACACCUUAUUCUUUAGUUUUGCUAGAUGAAUUGGGUCGUGGGACUUCGACGUACGAUGGUACAGCUAUAGCUGCGUCAGUUGUUAAUGAAUUGACGAAGUUGAAGUGUCGUACGUUAUUUUCAACACAUUACCACUCGCUGGUAGAAGAUUAUAAAAAUAAUCCAGAUGUGACAUUAGUUCAUAUGGCAUGCAUGGUAGAAACUGAAGAAGAGGAAGAAGUGUCUCAAGAAACUGUUACAUUUUUAUAUAAACUCAGCGAAGGUGCCUGUCCUAAGUCAUAUGGAUUUAAUGCAGCAAGGUUGGCUGGUAUUCCAUCUGCAAUUACAAACAGAUCACGUGAAAUAGCUAAACGAAUGGAACAAGAAACUAAUUACAAACACCUCUUCGCUACUCUCUGUAAAGCUGACGAGUCCGAAAUCAAAACUCUUAUUGCUGAUAUUUGAAGGAGCGAAGAGUGAUUUAUUGAAUAGAUAAAACAAAAACAAAAAAUAUAUUACGUAUUUGUAUGAUGUAUAAUCGGCGCGCAGAACUUACGGUAUAUAGUAAAUUUUAUUACAUUUAUUCGUUACCGAUAUUGUUAAGUAACGCGAUAUAUAAAACGGUUGAAAUUUAUUUGGAAUUAUUUUCUCAUGUAUAUGUUAAUAUCUUUCUUUUCUUUUUUUUUAAUUUUCAUACCUCAUACUUUUUAUAUA